AUGGCCGACUCGCUCGCCGUCCCGCCGGCCGACUUCAACUGGGCCGAUGCCGGGCUUGUUAACCCCCUGAAAUCUGGCGGCUCCUCGCCCGGCUCCACCCUGCUUGACGUCGAUUUCUUCGACCCGAAGGGCCCGCAGACGGUCACGUCGAGUGCUGCCUUCUUGGAGAGGGAUCUUGAGCAGCUCGGCCUAUCCACCACCACCUCGUCGAAGCAGCUGCCGGGAUCUAUCCAGAACAGCGACCCCCUCCGCAUGCCUACGCAACAGACAGCAAAGCCGACGAAGGCGAUUGUCAUCGAUGGGUUCCCGAAAGUUUCUACCCAGCCACUUCCGGCUGCCAACUUUCAAAGAGCCAACCCCGUUCCGCUCGGCGCCGCCAAGUACGCCUGGCACUACGAGACACUUGGGGCUGAUGAGGAUGGAAAAUGCGACCCUGACAAGACCCCGCUGGUCAUCUUCUCGAUGGACGGUCUGGCCAAGGAUUAUUUCGACCGGGGAAUCCUGCGCAAUUUCGACUUUAUCGCCGAGCGAGGGGUGAAGGCGGAGGGCGUCUUCCCGUCGUUCCAGUCCAAGACGUUUCCGAACCAUAUGAGCAUCGCCACCGGGCUCUACCCCGGCUUCCACGGGGUCGUCGAUGCCUGGAUGUACGACCCGAGGAUCAAGGCGCGGCCUGUCGACAUCCGAAAACCGAGCCCCACCGAGCGUCAAUUCUACGAUAGCGGAGAGCCGUUUUGGACGACGUUCCACCGGCAGACCGGAAAGAAGGUCGCCUGUUUCCAGUUCCCCGGCUGUCCGCAUUACCCAGAAUCACCGUUCAUCACCGAACCCUACCAGCCGAACCGGCAGAUGAGUGAGGUGUUUGGCUGGGUGCUGGAGCAACUCGCGAAACCAUCCGCCGAUCGCCCUAGCCUGAUCCUCGGCUACAUGGAUGAGCCGGACGCGACGAGACACGGAUUCAAGGGCGAUUCGUACGAGGUCAGGACCGUCUUGGAGCGGCUCGACACGGAGAUGGCGAAAUUCCUAAACGAGCUCUACCAGACCGGUCGUUUGGGCUGCACGAAUUUUGCCUUCCUGUCCGAUCACGGCUUUAUGGACGUCAGGCGAACCGUCGACCUGAACGGAUACGACUUCCGCGGCGAGCAGACCUUGCCGGGGGUGGUUACCCGGAUUCACCGGGGUGAGAAUGGUCCUCUUCCCUCCGCCUACUUCGAGAAGGCAAAAUGCGAAAGGCCGCGAGACGGCUUCAAAAUCUACGACAAGAAGCUGCUUCCUCCCAGGCUCCACUUCUCGGAUCACCCGCGCGUCGGCGAUAUCUUCCUGCUCUCCGAGCCGGGCGUCGAGUUCAAAGUCCUCGAGCCGGGAAAAGACGUGCUGGGCAGCAACCACGGAUGGGACUACUUGGCGCCGGAGGCUGGUACUUGCCCG